GUUGUAUUUUGCAAAAAGCGCCGAAAUAGCAGGGACUCGUUCUGAAACCAUUUCUGUGCCACAAGAAAUAAAGGCAUUGCAGCUGUGGAAUGAGAUAGAAACUCUACAUCCUGGAUUGGCUGAUGUGAAAAAUCAGGUGAUAUUUGCUGUUCGUCAAGAAUAUGUCGAACUUGGAGACCAACUCCUCCGGCUUCAGUCAGGAGAUGAAAUUGCUGUUAUCCCCCCAAUCAGUGGAGGGUAAUGUUGAUUUGGAGCCACUUGGGAAAGAUAUGAAUGAAGAAGAAGAGAAAUCUAAAGAUAUAAUAAAAUUCACUGCUGAGAAACUUUCAGUAGAUGAAGUCUCACAGUUGGUGAUUUCUCCACUCUGUGGUGCAGUCUCCCUCUUUGUAGGGACUACAAGAAAUAACUUUGAAGGAAAAAAAGUCAUUAGCUUAGAAUAUGAAGCAUAUCUACCCAUGGCAGAAAAUGAAGUCAGAAAAAUUUGUGCCGAUAUUAGGCAGAAGUGGCCAAUUAAACACAUAGCUGUGUUCCACAGACUUGGCUUAGUCCCAGUGUCAGAAGCAAGCAUAGUCAUUGCUGUCUCCUCAGCCCACAGGGCUGCUUCUCUUGAAGCUGUGAGUUAUGCUAUUGAUACUUUAAAGGCCAAGGUGCCCAUAUGGAAGAAGGAAAUGUAUGACGAAUCAUCUUCAUCUUGGAAAAGAAACAAAGAAUGCUUUUGGGCAACCAAUGAUUAAAGUACAUAAACUUUUAGAGUACAGAAAUUUACAUUUGGCGAACAUUUUAUCUUUAAUCAUGUUAUAAUUUUUCUUCUCCAAAAGUUAAGAUCUUUUAUUGAAGCACUGUAUCUU